AAUGACAGAUUUGGCUUCAAGACAGUAACAGAUCACCAAAUCCAUAUUAUUAUUUUUUUAGGCCAAAGACAGUUAUGGCACUAAGAAAAAGUUAAACAAAUCAUCCCCCCACCUUCCACCUGCCCACACCCAACUAAGAACAAAACUACCUUCCAUACAUUAUACAUAUAAUAUACAUAUACAUAUAUACAUAUAUAUAUAGAUAUAUAAUCAAACAAAGCCUACAUAUCCAUGUAUUUUCUACACAAUUUUUUCAUAAAACUUGGCACAAAAGAUGGUUCGUCUAAUCCCAGAACUGCCAGGAGACAAAGUUUCCUCCAUGUCAUUAGCGAUUGGAUUAUUCGUCUCGGUCUCAGCCCUUGUAGCCCUAUGUGCCAAACAUGUACGGCGAGCCCCAAAAAACCAUGACCAUGGCAAAACAACUAGUAAUGGUGAUCAACAAUAUUCGAUAAAUAUGGUACCAAAAUCACUUCUGGCAUCAUCUAAACAGCUUGUGAGUAGCCUUAGCAACAAGGCAAUUCCAUUCAUCUACAAGAAGAAAGGUGGUGAUGAACAAGCUGAUCAUGAGGUUGAGGACGGAUUUGGAGAAGGUGGUUUGUGGCAAAGGGCAAUUUUGAUGGGUGACAAGUGCAGGCCACCAGAGUUUUCAGGUGUUAUAUAUUAUGAUAAUUAUGGUAAUCAGCUUUCCGAGAUGCCUCUGAGAUCACCCCGGGCUAGUCCCUUACCAGCGUACUCGAUUCCGGUGGCUAGAGAUGGAAACUAGCUAGCUCUGAUUUUUUUUUUUUUUCUCUUUUUUUUGUUCUUGGGGGGGUACAAAAUUAUAUUUAUAACUGUAACUUUUUAUUCAAACUGCAAAUACAAAAUCUUGUAUAUAUUUUUCU